AUGACGGCCAAAAUUACGCAUUCUCAUGGCCCUGCAGCCGAUACAGCUAAUGAUGCAGCUGCAACGACAACAGCACACAAUGUGGCGGACAGUCAUCUCCUGACAGGCAGGAAGUUAGCUGUGGCGUUUACUUCCAUGCUGCUAGCUCUACUACUCAUCGCGCUCGACCAAACCAUCUUGUCGACGGCCCUACCGCGUAUUGCUUCUGACUUCAACGCUUUCUCUCAGCAGGGCUGGAUUGCCGCCUCUUUCGUGCUCACACAGACCGCGUUCAUCCUCUUCUUUUCCCAAGUCCUUCGCGUCUUCCCCGCCAAAUAUGUGCUCCUGGCCUGUAUCGUCAUCUUCGAGGUUGGCUCUGCCAUCUGUGGAGCCGCCCAAGAUGUAAACAUGCUCAUCGGCGGUCGAGCACUCUCUGGCGUUGGCGCUGCUGGCAUUCUCGUCGGCAUCCUCCAGGUCAUGGCGCAGGCUACUCGGCUAGAGGACCGGCCUACGCUGUUCAGCCUCUUCGAGUCAGUAUUUGCUCUUGCCUCGAUCAUUGGCCCCCUGAUGGGUGGUGCCCUCACAGACCAUGUCACCUGGCGUUGGUGCUUCUAUAUCAACCUACCUGUUGGUGGCGUCUCUCUCGUGGCGAUCAUGUUUCUCCUCGAUGCUCCGCCUCCUCUCGGAUCCGAAACCUAUGAUCGCUCUACAAAGACCAUGCUCUGGCGCACAGCAACAUUGGACUGGGCCGGUGCUGCCCUCAGUCUCGCUGCCAUCACCAGUCUUGUUCUCGGUCUUCAAUGGGGAGGGAACGAGAAGCCAUGGAACAGCGCAGAUGUUAUUGUCUGCCUCGUUCUAGCACCCGUGCUCACCAUCGCCUUUGUCUUCUGGGAGCACCAUAUGGGAGACCAAGCCACGGUUCCGUUGGUUAUCUUCAGGCGUGGCCGGGUGUCUGUCUACUCGAUCUGCUGCUUUGCCAUCUUCAACCGCUUCAUCUAUCUGAUCUUCACAUACUACAUUCCUAUCUACUACCAAGCCGGUCGACAUCGCUCCGCAACCAUGAGUGGCGUGGAUCUGCUCCCACUGAUGCUUUCCGUUGUUGUCUCGAUCGUGGUGUCUGGGCAGCUCGUUGGUCGCUUCGGCCGGUACUGGCCCUACCUGGUUGGCGGACCAGUCGUCGGGGCUGUUGGCGCCGGGCUCAUGUUCACGGUCAGCGAGUCGAUCUCGAACGCAAAUGUCAUCGGCUACCAGAUUCUCGUCGGGGUCUGCAUCGGCACAACUCUUCAAAACAUCCUGUUUGCGAUGCAAGCCGAGUUUGACGAUACCCCUAAGCUGAUCAGCCAAGCGACUGGCAUGGUGAACUUUUGUCAGUUCCUCGGCGGCACAAUUGGUCUGGCCAUCGCGCAAACGACAUUCUCUUCCGAGCUGGCGCGAAACCUACACAAAUAUGCGCCCGGGGCACCAUUCGAGGUGUUGAAGGAAUCUCCUCCAUCGAUCUAUAAUGGUGCUGUGCCGGAGGCACUAAUUCCCAAAGUCGUACGAGCAUACGUGAAAUCUCUCGAUAUUGUCUACAUCAUUGGUGUUCCGGCAAAUGUCCUGUCGUUGUUGUUUGCGCUGUUCAUAUCGAACAUCAACAUCAAAAAGAAGCCAGAGACGGAUACUGAGACCAGUGUGCCGCAGAGUAGUAAUGCAACGGAGGGAGAACAGCCAGCCACCUCAGAUCAAAGAACAUCAGCUUUAGAGAAGUAG